UCCCAUUUUUCUAAAAAGGUUUAGUUCUAAAAAUAAAAUGCCCAAUUAACAAUAGAAUGUAAAGUACUAUUUGAUGAGAUAUGCAAAAGUCCAAAACCUGAAAGAACAUUCUUCAAACUCUUCACAUUUCAUUUACAGUGCCUAGUGAAAGUCUACACAUCCCUUGCACAGUUUUCACCUUUUGCUGCCUUAAUAAAAUUAUGUAAAUCUAAAAAAGGAAAUAAUUGGAUUUUAGUGGAUUUUUCCCCUGCUUAUCUACCCAACCUGCUUCACAUUAACAAAGUGACAUUUAUAGAAAAUGUUCUUAGUUAAUAAAAAUAUUAAAGAAAGAUGUCUUGCAUAAGAUUGCACGUCUUCACACUCCAGAGUUAAUACUUGGUGGAAGCGCCUUUGGCAGAAAUUACAGCUGUGAAUAAUUUUGAAUAAGAUUCUACCAAAUCUGCACAACUGCACAACUCUAUCCAUUGUUUUUGUUAAAAUUGCUCCAGCUCAGUAAAUUUGGUUGGGAAUCAUUGAUGGACAGCCAUAAUCAAACCUUGCCUCUGAUUGUCAAACAGAUUCAAGUCAGGACUGCUACUGGUCAACUCAGGAACACUCAGCACCAUGCUGGUGUGUCUUUGGCAUUAACAUUUGUAUAAUUGUCCCUCUGAAAAAUAAAACUGACAUUGAAAUAGUGUAGACUUUCACUAGGCACUGUACAUAAAGCCACACUCCUUAAUUUGUGCAAAUCAUCAUUACAAAAAUACAUAACAAAUAUAAAAAGACAAAUAAAGCCAAUACAUGCACCGCUACUUAAAAGUAAAAUACUAUGAAACCCAGUACACCUGAGCAUAAAAAGCCAACAACAGCAGUAGCAAAAAAGGAUUUUACAAUAAAAUAAUUAGCACUUGCUUGUAAUAUCUGUCAAUGACAAACAUUAAGUAUAUUGUGACAUAAUACACUGUCCUGAAGAACUGAAAAGGAGACAAUGUAUUCAAACUCAAAAGCAGAUCAAGCUGCCCCAGUUUCUCCACUCAGGCUUUUGCUUGAUGCAUUUGAUGCCUUGGUACCACAGAAAAGAGCCCAGAGUUUCUCCCUCAGGUUCUUAUUGGAGAUAGUCAAGAGAACGCCUGAUGCUAUGCAAUAGAAGGAGUAACCCAGCAGGAGUGAGUUAAUGCUAAUGUCAGAGCCAUAUAGUUUAGAGAGAUAGAACAAGGAGAUGGUGGUCAGAGUGGUUAUGUAGACGCCCACCAGGGCCACAGUAAGCUUGCACACCAGCAGGUAGGAGUCAGCACUCUGAACAUCGGUCUUGUUCUUUCUCAUCCCCAGCGUGUGUUUGCAGAGAUGGACCACCAGUCUGAUGGAGGAGGGAACCAUCACCAUCACAGGUGUUACGUAUGACUCGUUACGGUAAUUAAGGGAGAAGAAGGGGGAAAACAUCACACAGGAGUUCAGGAAGGUCACUGCAAGAGCCACGUUGAUGAUGGGUGAGAUGUUUGUCUUGAUCUUAGCGAACAGCUCAGAGGUGAAGUUGACCACCUUCACACAAUAGAGGACACUCAGCCAGGCGAUGGACCAGAAGCUCAAACAGCUGCUGCUCAGCCACACAUACAACAUGGCACAGAAGAACAUGGGUAGAUCAUCCCAACACAACACCCCACGCCACAUAGUGACUACGAUGCCAAAGGUGGAGAGGUGCAGGAAAACAUUGCCCAGGGAGAUAGUGGAGAUGAUCAGUCCCACAGUCUGGACACCACCAGCCUUCCACUGCUGGAACAUGGUUGUUAUCAAGUUGAAUGUGUUCCAUAGCACUCCAAUAACGACCAGGACAGCUAUACCAUACAGCUGGACUUCAUGUUGUCCAAAACCCAUAGUUAUAACCAGAGGAGAACGAUUUGGCAGAAUUCCUCUUUGUUAUGAAGCAGAGUAUUAUUCACAUACCAUUUUAUAGAGAAAAUGAGGAUUCCUAUGCAAAUCUGUUUCUGUGAGUAAUGACUCUCUGAGAUAAUGUAAAUGAGGGACAAUGUUGAUUGAUGGUAGGGCAUGGCCAUUCCACAGCAGAAUUUGAAAACACAAAUUAGCCAUGAGGAAGACAAGUCACGUUAUUCAUGACCAUUUUGCUUUUAUGAAAAGCAUGCAUGAAGUAUACAUUGACUAGAAUGUAGACUAUUACUGGAUUUGUAAUACUGUAACCAGACACAGAUUAAAUUGAAGAUGGAGGGAAGGAGUAGGGAUGCAAGAUAGUCAAUACUUGUAUCAUCUCAACCACUCUCAUUGUCCCUACUGAGGAUAAACAUGACAUGUUACUUACUGUCUGCCUUGCCACUGUCCAUCGUGCCAUGGCUUUUGUUUACAGACCAGACACUCAUUUACUUACAAGCAUCUUCUGGGGCUGGUUUUACAUUUUUAAACCAUGGAAAUGAUAUGUAUUUUAUUUUCCUUUGCCUGAUGAGGCUGGAUGUAUUUCCUUAUUCAAAUCCAUUAUGUAUUUCAUUUGUACAAAUUAGCUUAUUCAAAAUGAAGUUCUGUGCUUUUCAUCCUGUUUCAAUGUUAUGUAAUUCACAAUGUAAAUGGUUUUGAGCCCAUAGUCUCUUUUCUCCAGAUUUUGGAUUUUUCUCAGGCAUAAUUGCACAAGCAAUUUUAAUGUCACACAAUAACAAAAACAAAAUAUAUUUAACUACUGUGAAACUAAAGCUAGUAUGUGACACAAUUAUAUAGUCCUCCUUUUCAAGCUCCUGUGGUGGCCAAAUACAUCCAAUUCUGUUCCAUACUAAUUAUUUACUGCUAUCUAGAGUUUUAAAUGAUUUCUUGAUUGGGCACCAAAUCAGGAAACUUGUUUGGCACAACUUUCCCCCCAAAGAAACUGUCACUCAUACUGCAUAAAAAAACAUCAAGCCUACUGUAGCCUAUAUCAUAUCUGGACUAGGAUGCAGUGCACAUCUUCACAAUCAAGUUAAGUGGUCAGGAUACAGCCAUGCCCAGAUACAAUGACUUCCUUCAUAGGGAUAUGUGACCCUUUGAUUUGCAAAUACUGAUAGUGACAGAAAUCUUCAUUUGAUCUAAUUUAUCGGUAUACCCCAUGGUAGGCCUACUUCAUAUGUUAGUCUUUAAUUCAUAUGAAUGCAUUCGUGUAAUUUUCAUGUAAUAAAUGAUCAAAUAAUUUCAAAGUAGCAAAUAACAUAAAACAAUAGACAAACGCUACUUUGUUCCAGCUUUGGCUGCACAACAGGGAUACAUGCAUAAUGCUAUACAACAACGACGACUGGACCAGUCUUGAAUUUCACAGACUUAGAAUAUUGUUUGGUCAAUGGAACUGAAACAGCUCCAAGCAGAUGUACAUGUGAUCACUGACCCACACAGGAAGGAGAAGAACCAGUAUGAGUCAGAAGAAAGAGAUUCACUCUCUCUGACAAUUUCCAAAAUGCCUUGUAAACGGCUAAAUCUAUGUGAAUAUGAAACACAUAAACUGGUCCGAAUACAAAGUGUAAGGCUGGGAUCGCUGAAAUGGACAUUUAACGGUGUCAUACUGAUGUUCAUCUGCAUUGUAAUGUUCUGGAACAAGGAGUACCAAGAACACGACUAUGUGGUCAGCUCUGUUACUGCUAAGGUCAAGGGAGUGGCCAUGACCAGCUUGCCAGAUGUUGGUGAUAUAGUAUGGGAUGUUGUAGAUUACAGUGGGCCAUCACAGGGAAAGAAUUCAUUUUUCGUGGUGACCAAUGUCAUUGUUACAAAAAAUCAAAGGCAAGGAAAAUGCCCUGAGGUCCCUCCUUACGGAAAAGUGUGUUGGACAGACAAGGACUGUGUGAAGGGGUUCUGGGAUCAGAACAGCCACGGGGUUCAGACAGGUGCAUGUGUGAAGUUUGAUGUAACACAGAAAACAUGUGAGGUGUCUACAUGGUGCCCCAUAGAGACCAAGAAAACGCCCCCCAAGCCUGCUCUCUUGGCAUCAGCUGAGAACUUCACAGUCCUCAUCAAGAACAACAUAAGAUUCCCAAACUUUAACUUCAUUAGAAGGAACAUCCUCCCUGAGAUGACGGACAGCUACCUGAAGCACUGCAAAUUUAACAGGCGUACCGACCCCUGGUGCCCCAUCUUCCGCCUCGGGGACAUUGUGCAGGAGGCCAGAGAGAACUUCUCAGAGAUGGCAGUUGAGGGUGGCGUCAUUGGGAUCCAAAUUAAGUGGGAUUGUAAUCUGGACGGGUUCUUGAGGAACUGUCUGCCCAAAUACUCCUUCCGCCGGCUGGAUGAGAAGGAGAGCAACAGAACUCUGUACCCUGGUCUCAACUUCAGGUUUGCUAGAUAUCAGACAGAGAAAGGUGUUGGGGAGAGAACCCUGUUUAAAGCGUUUGGGAUCAGGUUUGAUGUCAUGGUAUUCGGAAAGGCAGGAAAAUUCAGCAUAAUCCAACUGAUCAUCUAUAUUGGAUCAACUCUAUCCUAUUAUGCACUGACCACUUUAUUCAUUGACUGGCUCAUUGGGACCAGCUGCUUCUCUAAAGAAGCCAGGCAGAACUACUCAGAGAAAAAGGUUGAAUCUGUUCAGGACAGACAACAGUGCAUUCUUUGUGUCUCGUUUGUGGACGAGAACCAUAUAAGAGUGGUGAAAAGAUCACAUAGGAAAAGUUUACAACAAGUGAAGCCCAUGUCCGUUCACCCAUUCAAGGACGACAUAAAGCACCUGAGUGCCAUGGCUGGUGUAUUGCAGAAAGGGCACAUCAUAGACAAGCAGCCCCAGGCUCUCACUCGGCCCAGCCGUCCAGCCUGGUGUCUGUGUGGCUGCUGCCUCCCCUCCACCCAUCCCCAGGAGCAGCUGUGCUGCAGGAUGAGCAGAGGUCGCUGCAUCACCACCUCCUCCCUGUUUGAACAGCUGGUGCUGAGUCGGCCCUUGUUGGAGGCAGCGUUGCUGUACAGGGAGCCUCUUUGUGAGCUGACCGAGGGGGAGCAGGGGACCAACGCCCUGCGCCACUGCGCCUACAAUCAGUAUAUCACCUGGAGAUUUGGGGCCCCACCCAGAGAAAGCCUCCCUGUCAUACCCAGUUGUAGUGUGUGGAGAAUCAGAGAGGAAUACUCCAGCCAAGAUGGAGAGUACACUGGCAUGAGACCCAGUAGAACUACUUCUCCCCAGUCCAGCCCUAACACAUAGCUUUAGAGAAGAGGGAGAGUCAGUGUUCUAGAAAGCAGUGUUCUACAUAGAAAGCUCCAUCAGAGACUGGUCCUCAUCAUGUAGCAGCUGUAGCAUGCAUUUGUACUGGUGUAUUUAUCUAAUCUUCCAUUCUGCAUUAAGGUUAACAUUUUCAACUUGAUCAUUAUCCUCGCCUAUAGAUAUUGUGUCUAUCCAUCCCACUGUCUAGAGACCAUGAAUGAUGAAGAGGGCUCCCAAGUGGCGCAGCGGUCUAAGGCGUUGCAUCUCAGUGCUAGAGGCGUCACUACAGAUCCUGGUUUGAAUCCAGGCUGUAUCACAA